CUACCGGAACAAGCAUGAUAGCAGACUACCUUGUCUGUUCCGUAAAACACUGAGUACAGUGUGACGGUUGUGCGAGAAAUUGAAUAAUUUUAAAUUAAGUUUAUUGUUGGAAAUUUGAAAGGAAAAAUUACUUGCCACUUUGCUGAAGUCAGGGAGAAAACCUCAGUUUUCCAACCAACACAUCCACUCCUUUAGAACCUUUACCUUAUCAGUAACACAUGCCAAAACCCAUGAUGAUAGAAAAAGUUGUUACUGAUUCUGGGACUGAAUGCCAGCACACCACAUCAAUCUUGUCAGAUCAACAUACCAACAAAGUCAAGCCAGUGGUUGUCAAAAAGAAAUUGGUGAAGAAAAGUUUAAGGAAAGUCCAUCCUGCGCACACAAUAAAUGGCAAGAGCAGAGCUUCCUCGUAUGAAAGAGUAUCCAAUUCGACAUGCAAAAAAGCCAAAAUCAAUGGAAAAUUGAGUUAUGCUUCCAUCCAGUCUGAAAAUGAUUGUGAUGCCUCCAGUUCUGUGCCUUCACUUGCCUCUAAUUUUUCAGAAGAGUUAGAUUCAUCAGAAAGUGUUCAGAUCCCUGCAGAUGAUGAAUCUUGCUCCUAUAUUACAGAAGAAGAAUGUGAUGCAAAGGAAACUGAACCAUUAACGGUUUCUAGUGAUAAAGCAGAUGUUCUCCAGCCUGCCUUACGCUUCUCAGCUUUUUCUGGCGUCCCUCCGUAUCUUAAUUUUUGCCUUCAUGACGAGAAAGUGGUUGAACUUCCCUGGAUCAUACGACGUUGUUUAAAAUGGAAACUCAGUACAAUUACCCCAGUGGUUGUGAGAAAAACUGUGGUGAAUUCUGGAUUUAGAGUCAUUAAAGAGCCCAAGGACUGGAUUGGAACUUGGGGUAAACACAUGAAGUCUCCAUUGUUCACAUCUGUUUUGGAACAUCAGAAGGUCAAUCACUUCCCCGGUACUUUUCAAAUCGGAAGAAAAGACAGAUUGUGGCGGAACAUGCAAAAAAUGGCUGCCAAAUAUGGAAAUGAAGAGUUUGGCUUCCUUCCUCAAACGUUCGUUUUACCUCAUGAUCUACGUUUACUUCGAAAACAUUGGAGUAGACGCACCACCGAUGUUCCGUGGAUCAUUAAACCGCCUGCGUCUGCAAGGGGUACUGGAAUUCAGGUGAUUCAUGAAUGGAACCAAUUGCCAAGAAAGAAACCUCUGGUUGUUCAGUCCUAUGUGAAAAAUCCUUACCUUAUUAAUGGCACGAAAUUUGACAUCCGGCUGUAUGUUUUCGUCACUAGCGUCAACCCCCUUAGAAUCUACCUCUACGAAAAUGGAUUGGUCCGCUUCGCGUCGCUGACCUACUCAACUGAAAUGAAUAGUCUCGAUGAUUUGUACGUUCAUUUAACCAACUACAGCGUUAAUAAACACUGUGAGGGAUAUGUUGCCAACGAAGAUGCCAAUGUGUGUCAAGGACAUAAAUGGACUCUGGCAAGCUUGUGGACGCACUUUCUUGGCCUCGGCGUCGAUGUCGAAGCAAUUAAAUCCUCUCUAAGUGAUAUUGUAAUUAAAACCCUAUUGAGUGUCACGCCAGUCCUCAAUGACAUGCUGAAAAACAAUGUCGCAAAUCGUUAUUCUUGCUUUGAGCUGUUUGGUUUCGAUAUUUUGCUCGACUCGGAACUGAAGCCUUGGCUGCUGGAAGUCAACAUUUCGCCAUCGUUGCAUUCUACGUCAUCGCUUGAUCUUUCCGUAAAGGGCCCGUUGAUCAAAAAUGUGCUCAACAUGGCGCGUUUUCAGUUCCCAAAUAAUGCUUCCAGCUUGAGCAAAGAGCAUUUAGCCAAUUACAUUUCAACCUACUUCAAAGAGCGCGUAUGCGAAAAGUCUUCCGGGGGCGAUGAGGGAUCGCAAUACUGCCACGAUCCUUCCCGUUCUAGAUUCGAUUUAAGCGAAGAGGAGACAAAGAAGCACGAAUUUUACGAGAGUAUCGUCCAACGUGCAGUUUCGGUCCCUAGUGGAUCUUGCUGGACGGUUCAAAAUCAAUGCCCCGAUAAUGGAACCCAUGUCGUCGAAGUAACCAACAUUUUGGACAGUUUAACUCGAGACGAUAUUCAACAUUUAAUUGAAACGGAAGAUGAACUCAGUCAGAGCGCUGGAUUUACAAGAGUCUUCCCGUCUGAAAAUUCUGAACGCUAUUUCCGCUUCGUGGAGAAAAUGUCUUAUUACGAUAUGCUUUUAAACGAAUGGCAAAAGAAAUUCGGAUGCCUCGGUGACAGAACAUUGGCCAUCGAUUAUCUAAAAUCGCAGCACGAGAAAAAGUUAUUCUAGGUCAAUUUACUUGAAUUUGUGUUUCCGAAAAAAAUGUUUUUUAUCACGCCCCCCCCCCCCCCCCCUCAACAAAGGAACGAAAGAAAUAAAAUAAAAUAAAAGAG